GCCAUAGCUUGGUGUUUUUCCCAUUUGCCGUCUCCCAGUCGUUGGUAGCAUGGCGUCCAGCGCCAGAAUGAAUUCCUCCCCCAAAGAUUGACUGCAUCAUUUUCGCCAUGCCCGUACUGUGAAUCAAAUGCUGUCGGAGACCCAUGACCAAGGGACCAGGAGCGACUACGGAUUUUUGGCUCCGUCGGUGGUAGGAUCCGAAAGGGUAUCUCGCCACCAACGACCUACCCUUACAUACGUCAAACAAGGGAGUUUGGAGCCAUCCACGGUGGACAGCCGAAUGUAGAUGUCGUUGUCUGGGGCUCGCAGAGUACGCCGCAGGAAGUGGCCGAUUGUUGCUUCUACGCUGUUGCCGGAUCUGUACUGGGAAACAAGCUGCCAGGGCCCAAUCGACUUUGCUGUCGACGGCUCUUUCUCAAAAAGAACGCCCGCCGUCGCGCAACGCAGGACGGGCUUCGCCCGCAUUGCCGCGGGAACAUGGCAGGCUCAGGGAUUCGUCAAUUACCAUUCAUCUCAUCGCACAGCAUGCAAUCAUCGGGUCGUCUUCAACUUGUCUUUCCACUAAUUUGCCGUUUGUCGCUAGUUUGGUGCCAGAAUUGAAUUGCGGUAAAGGUACCGCCUGGCGAACCAGUCACGAGCAGGGAAGUGGGGCUGUGGCUCUACGUAAUUGAAGGAGAGACGGGCGAAAUCCAGGUGUUCACUGCACAAGAAGCUACGCGGGAUCUCAUUGCCCAUCGGAAGCACCGCCCACCAAAAGGCCCGGAAGUUUGCACGAAGAAAACAUCAUCACAACAUAAGGCCUCGGCGGCAAUACGGCCUGGAAAACUGCAGCUGGAGUAUUGGCAGCCUUUUCGAUGUAACUUUCGGAACAUGCACCAUA